AUGGAUGAUUGUGGCUUGGUGGAUGUUGGUUAUAGUGGUAACACUUUCACUUGGACUAAUGGAAGGAAAGCAGGUAGCUGGACAUGCAAAAUACUGGAUAGAGUCCUUUACAAUGAGGAAUGGAACAACAACAUGGGUGCUACACUGGUGAAAGACAAAGCUAGAAUAGGAUUUGAUCAUAAUGUUUCUAAACUUUUGGACUUUGCAGCCAUGUUUCUUACAGGUGGUACAAAGCUCUUGGGAGGAGGAAAUGCAAGGAAACUCCAUCUGAUCCUAGACAAGGAACAAAACAUAGAUAUUGCUGAUUCAGAGGAGAAUAGACGGGAACUCAAUAGAGUAAAUGCUGAUUACAUCAAGUGGACUGGAAUUCAGGAUAACGUCUUGCACCAAACGGCUAAUAUCCAUUGGGCUGAAGAGGGAGAUUAUUGCACCAAGUAUUUCUUCAGUUCUAUAAAUCCCAAGAGAAGGAAAACUACUCUUCAUAGAAUUAAAAACACUGAAGGAACCUGGACUGAAGGCAAUGAAGCUAUUAGGGAAGCUGUUAUACAACAUUUUCAAAAGCUAUAUACAGACUCUAAUCAAAUGCCAGACUUUGGAGUACUGUAUCACAUUGACAAGCUCAUUACUGAGGAGGACAAUGUAAAAUUGGACGCCUACCCAAAAUAA